UGCCCCGAGGUAGGCAGACUGUGGUGUUCCUGCUCUCGUACAACAUGGGCCCAGGUGGCGUGGUUCUGUACAAAGCUGUUAUGAGUUUUGGGCUUUCUGAAUUCUCCUUGUCCUUCUUCUUCCUCCCCUUUUCUGGGUCACAGUUUGGAUUUUAACAAUUAGAGGACCAAAGCUUUUAGUCCAUCCAAACUUUUCACAUCUGUUGAUCUCCCUCUUGCAUGAAGGGCUGUCACCUCUGUGUUGUGCUUUGGGUAAGGGACUGUGCCGAAUGCACUGGGGAGAUUGAAACUGGCAGCACUGCAUCAACUGCUGGAUUUUUCCAUGGUUACUGGUGAACUAUUUAGAGAGGAAAAAAGCUGUGUUCUUGAAGCUUUCUGCAAUGUUGCAGUUAUGGAAGAAUUCAGCAAUAUCUGCCUUCUCUGAAAGUUAAUUGCUCACAAGCCUGAAGCAAAUGAUGGCUGAGUUGCAGCAGGCAAGUAUCACAUGCAGUCAGCCCUUUUGUAGGAGAACUGGUGGCAGAUGUGGUGCAGGUGAGUGAUGUCAUUUUGCACUACUACAGCUGUGACUCCUGGCAGUUGGAAUGUGCUCACUCUCAAAGCCAGCACUUGCUGUUUUCCAGUUGCUUGAGCCUUUUCCUUGUUUUCCUUUCUCUAGGGGUGGCGCGUUGCUAACUAGUCCGAGUGGCCCAGGCUACCACAUCAUGCUCCCGUUCAUUACCACCUUCAAAUCUGUACAGUGGUGGUGUUAUGAUUUACAUUGACCGAAUAGAAGUUGUGAAUAAAUUGGCACCAUACGCAGUGUAUGAUAUUGUGAGAAACUACACUGCAGACUACGAUAAGACCUUGAUCUUCAAUAAAAUUCAUCAUGAGCUGAAUCAGUUCUGCAGUGCCCAUACUCUGCAGGAAGUAUACAUUCAGCUGUUUGAUCAGAUAGAUGAGAAUCUGAAGUUGGCCCUGCAGAAGGAUCUCAAUGUCAUGGCACCGGGUCUCACUAUCCAGGCUGUGCGUGUUACAAAACCCAAAAUUCCAGAAGCCAUCCGAAGAAAUUUUGAGCUCAUGGAGGCUGAGAAGACCAAGCUGUUGAUUGCAGCCCAGAAGCAGAAGGUAGUAGAGAAAGAGGCAGAGACAGACCGGAAGAAAGCACUCAUUGAGGCAGAGAAGGCUGCUCAGGUGGCCAAGAUUCACUAUCAACAGAAGAUUAUGGAGAAGGAAACAGAAAAGCGGAUUUCUGAGAUUGAAGAUGCUGCGUUCCUAGCAAGAGAGAAGGCAAAAGCUGAUGCAGAGUUCUAUGCUGCUUGGAAGCUGGCUGAUUCCAACAAGCUAAAACUUACCCCUGAGUAUCUGGAGCUAAUGAAAUACGAAGCAAUAGCUGCCAACAGCAAGCUGUAUUUUGGUGAUCGCAUCCCCAACGUGUUUCUGGAUUCCUGUGCCUUCCAGCAACCCAAUCUGAGGACUGCCCAAGAAACCAAUCUUCCUUCACAGGAGGCCCCAGAGACCUCUGGGGAAAACCACCUCAGAGCAAAGGAAAGCACUGGCUGACAGAGGUAGAAGGAUACCUGGUGUAGCUCAACAACUAGCCUGGCUAUGAAUGGGGAUGUUGCCCUGUGCUACUGGGGCGGAUGCAGCGUGGACAUCUUGUGUAUAGGUGGCAGUUGGGUUGAUUUUCUUCUAGCAACACAUUUGCAAGUGCUCUGCCUCUUCCAUUUCUUCCCCUAUUAAAUUGGUGCUUCCAAAUGAGGGAUAAUCCUGUACUAACAUACCUAUACUGGAAUAUUAAAAGACAAGACACCAGGCAAGCCUUCCCUGCAGUAGGUGCAGUUAUUUAGUGAGCAUUACUCUGGAGGUAGGAGAUGUGGCUUUGAGUGCUGUGUUGCCACACGCUGGGCAUUCCGCAGUGCUCCUCACUGAGGCCAAGUGAAGAGGUUUCCUUCAUCCUGCCAAUGAAGCUGUGUUGUGUGGACUCUGAGGCAGGUUUCUUCCGGCGCUCUCUAACUCUCCUCAAGGACUCCAGUGGAAUGGGCUCUCCUUGGCUCUCCGUGUUGCUGCUCAGGCCAAAGCCUGGCCUGACAAAGAAUGGUUUGGUGUGGAAUAGGUUGUUUGAAUAGGAUAUGCAUAGCCAUUAUAUUCUUUCCUGUAGGCAGUGGCAUUAGAUAACAACUUUGGAGCAAGCAGUCCCUAACAGGCUUCUGUAACUCCCCUCUCCAAGCAACAGCCUCUUGCUGCCUGUGACUGACUGUAGUAUGUUUCAGCUGGGUGGCUGGGUCUCACCUUGCAUCCUAAACCAGAUUUCAGAGUGCAUGGAGCACCUCCAAAGAGCUGUUUGGGAACAGAGCUGAGAAAUCUUUGCUUAGGCCCCAGCCUCCCUGUAGGUCUUUUCACCAGGGAAAGGGGGCUGAAUUUCCACUGCUGUGCCUCGCUGGCAAAGUGAAGGGGAAGAGAAGAGUGAAGGGACCCUGCCCUGCAGCAGAUCAGAUGUGUGACACCUCAACUGCAAAGUAGGUGAGGCAUCAUUGCUCCCCAGUGCAAAAUCCACUGCUCCAAGAAGAAGUGGGACCUGCCUCGUGUGUCUUUCAACAGCAACAGUUGGGAGUGCGUCACUGGUCCUCUCAUCACUGGCCAGGCUUUGCUGGGGCUGUUGUCUCACAAGCAGUGCUGGCUCACGAUCUUACCUCCUCCUGUCUGUUGUAAUAUAUUCAACCGCUGCUCCCAGUGUGCCACUGCAGUGUGAGAGAGAGAGACAUGCUUGGGGGGUAAAUCUGGUGGUACAGUCUGCUUUCCUCUUUUCCUUUGUCCUUCCCUUUGCCUGUGAGGAUGUGCUUGUUUCUAGGACCUGUUUCUCAUUGUGUUCUGCGAUGAUCCCAGAAGACGGUGGCUGGGGAAGCCAACUGGCAAGAGCUUGAGCUGGAAUGCUGUUCCCCAGCUGGUAGCACUACAGCAUUGCCUGCCUCUGAACCCACCACUUGUGCAGAGGCUACCUUUUCUCCUCAGCCUGGGAUAGCUGUAUGUUCAUCCUGCUUUCCUGUCCCCUUGGUGCCCCCUUGUAUGGGCUGGUUGGUGCUGGUGUUGAAUCUGCCCCUGGCACCAUCUGCAGUCUUGUGACAAGGGGAAGAACAUGCCUAGCUUUUGCCUUGGUGAAACAUUCAACCCAAAGCAGCCUGAAUUUCACCUCUGCUAGUGAUUUCCCCAAGUGAGUUGUGUGGGCUUCAGGCUUUCCAGUGCUGCUUUCCUAUCCUGUGUGGCUUGACUCGGAGGUUGGCAGUGUCUCUCCUCAAGGAGGUUUGGUUACAUAUGGUGCCUUAUGCUGUCUCAGCUCCUUUCCUGGCUGCCUCUCCUGCAUCUCUGGGGCAGAGCAGGGAUACACUGACCCUGCCUCUCCUGCAGGCCAGCUUGGGUAACAGUAAUAUAUGACUGUGGGACUUUGCAGCAGUUUCAGUGAUGUUUCUUUCCUCCUGUCUGCAAACCUAAGGCCUAGUUGCUGGUCUGCUCCAGGACACCAGUUGCUCUUCAAACCCAGCCAUGUCAGGAGCCAGGGACCAGGUCCUUGCCCCAGUAGGAAGCCAACUUAAGGUGCUGAGCACCAAGCCUGGCUUCCUGGGAGGCUGUGCAUGUGUGUGCUCCAAGGAUGAGAGGGGGGAUGCUGCUUUUGCCAGGAAGAGAGGUGUCUCCAGUCUCCCUGGUGCACAGGGGUUGGUGGCACAGCCAUGUGCCAUGCAGAUCCCAGCCUGGGGAGCACUGAGCUGAGCUUUUGCAUGGUGGGGCUCAUGCCUUCACCUGCCAAAAGCUCCUCCUGGUGAAGAGCAGCCUUUGAAGGAUACUGGUGGGCAGAGGAGCAGGAAGGAUAUCUUCAUGUCAUGCUGGAAGGCAGCAUGGCAGGGCAGAGGUGAAACCCUUGACUGAUGGCAGGAGAGGAGCGGGCAGGCACAGCAUGAGCCUCAUUAGACCCUGCAGUGCCCUCCCCAGGGGAAGGGGCCAGGACAGAAAGGGGGUGGCAGUGUAUUUUGUAGCCAUGGUGUUUGAACUGUCUCCUGGAAGUAUUGUUUGGCUUGCAAGGUCCCUUUUCUCCUGUGGGAAGGGCUUCAAGGGGCCAGUGCAGUCACAUCUCUUUGACCGUCCACCUCCGCAGUGUUGCUGGCUUGCAUCAGGAACACAUCCUCUCCUCACCCCACAGCAGCCACUUCGACUGAAUUUUGGGACAAAUGCAGGCUUUAUAGAACAGAAGCGCUCCUGGAGGAGACAUAGACAUGUCUCCAUGUGCAUCACACCCUGGGCAUCAGGCUGGUGGACAGGGAUAGGUUCUGCCAGCCUGGAAGUGACGAGAGGGGCACAUGGGUACCAGUAGAAGCAGUAACCCGGCAGCCCACAGUUGUCCUGCAGUGGUCAGAGUGAGAUCCCCAUGCAGGGAGCAGGAAAGCCUUUCAGGCCAGUGCAGGAAGGGCUGCUUCCCUUUGGAUCUGAGCCUCGCUCGCCCUCCUUGCUGCCUUUCAGGUACAUUCGUGGCUAUCGCUGGCUAAUUGUCAUCCUGCUCUGGUUGGGUGUGCAGCAGCCAUCUCCUAUCCCUGUGCUCUGAGGGAUACCAGGGGCACUCCUGGUGCCACCAGAAACGUGGGGUUGAGCUGAUUUUUCUCUCUGUUCAAAAGGCCUGUGUGGUUCUGUGAGUAAAGGGGUCUGCCACUGGAUCCACACCUUCUUUAAGGAAACAUAGAAUGGCUUGGGUUGGAAGGGACCUUAAAAACAUGAUACAUAUGUUCAAGUUUACAUGCACAGUGUUAAGUUCUUUUGAUAAGCAGAAUAAAACUAUUUUGUUACAGUU